AUGUAUGGCUCUAAUGAGCCGUCAACGAGCAGAAGCUAUGGAACACCAAUGUACGUAGCGCCUCCUGCCCAAAGACCAACACGACGCACGGGCGUUGAUAUUGCAUUGGAAUCCGGACUUGAAUGGCGUGUCUUCAAGAUUGAAAAUUCGGGACAAGAAAUAUACUUCCGUUGUGGAGUCAAAACCCUGAUUUUCGAGAAUUGUUUUUUUUACAGGCCUCCUGACUAUUCUGAGAGGGUAGCAAAGCUUGCCAGAAGAGUAGAUUGGAGGAAGCUAAUCGGAGCAGAUGCGACGUACGACAAUCCUAGUAUGUGUGAACGUAAUUUGGACGAAGACGAGUACUCUGACACUGAGUCGGUGGCCCCUGUGGAGUUGGGUAUUGAAGAUCGUCAACCACCUGAUGCAGGCCCGUGGCAUAUGGUUGCAAGGAAUCUUUUUGAGGCUCUACAGCAAGUGAAUUUAUUGACUGAUACGCUGAAGGUUUUGAAACUACCUUAUUUGGAGGCAUUAACUGUUGCUGAUAGUUUUGAAAUGCAACAUAAUAUGCAGGAAGUAAUACAACAUUCGAAGCAUUUUCAGUGGGUAACGAAGCGCAAGGCUUUAACUGAGGCAGCCAGCGUCUUAGAGCAGUCGCAAAAAUGUCGCUCUAAAGGGUCCGUUGCUGAAACAGAGAAGGAAAUGUUCUUUGACGAGUUGAAAAAGGUUCGAGAGAAUUGGCGAGUGAGAAAGACGGGCGAUUUUGUAUAUGGCGACAUUGGCUACAGCAUUUUUGGUAACAAAUACGACCAGAAAGAGAUGUUUGACAUACUACGGCGUUCUCGUUCAGCUAUUACAGAUGUUCAGGGUGUUCAAAGGCAAUCAUGCCUUCAAGUACGUAUUCCUGCAGACCUGGUUCGGCGAUCUACGCUAGCUGUUUCAAUUGAAAGCGAUGAUAUUGACUCACAGAAAGAUCUGUUUGCUCUUCCAGAAAACGACUUGGAUUAUGCUAAAAUAGAUUUGGAAAAAGCGAAGGAAAUUUAUUGGGAGAAAGCACUGCAGUGGGGACAAGAAAGCCUUAUUUGCAGGGAUAUAUUUAGAAAACUAUGUAAUGAUGCAGUUCUUUUGAAAGGCAGGCUGGCUGUUGUACGAGGAAAUGUGCUGAUAGUUUCUCUGUUUGAUGAUCUUCUUUUACGUAUUGAACUAAGGAAUUAUCCUUUUGAAGAGGGCAAACUCCCUGUUGUUGGAGAUCCUUAUUUAAACAGAUCGCUUAGACAACUUUUUGUUCUGGACCAGUGCACUCGCUGGUUGAGGCAUCAGAGUUUCGUUACAAUGCCGUUGACGCAGUUGCAUGAAUCUUUGGACUUGAGGGGGCCGGAUGCGAUGGCCAAAAAUGAGAUAGAAGCGCGAUUAGGAAAGAGAAAAGAUAUAUUGAUUCGAUUCAUUGAUCUAGCUGCUCAUUAUGUUCUGCAGAGUCGGGCGGCUUUGGCUUUGGAGAAAUUUAUCUUACGCGUUAGUGAUCCACAGGUAACAUGGAAAUGGCUACGUAGUACCCCGUUUCAGUCAUCUAUCAUUUUAACUGCUGUUAACCGUAAUUACGAUCAUCCGGGAAAGUUCACCUUUUACAUCCGGAUAGAUGCGGAUUCGUUUUACAUAACCACCAAAGAAGGGCAACGUAUGGAUUGUUGGCGAGACGAAAAUAUGUUGAUCAGCGGGGUGGAAGUGUUGGUAUGUAAUUUUAUGUUAAACUCCGUGGCUCAUGUAGCAACCAAAUUGUGGCAGUGGCAAGUACUUCAUGCAAAUUUGAAUGCUAUUGAUGCUGAUGCCAAUCCUAGACCGACAUUGUAUAUGUGCAACCAAAGCGCUACCAGGUCAUUGUUCAUCGAGUUCCGACCUAAAAACGUCCCAAUCGUUAGAGUCCGGAAGUGUAAGCCUGAAAAGUUGGAAAAAAUAGAAUCUCCAGAGGAGUUUUUAACGUUAAAUUACAACCGACUGAUCGGUUCUUCUCUGUGUCGGAAAAUAGAUAACCUAUGUUCCAUGUUGGAGAACUGA